AGUGUUAUCAGGAUGUGUCUUGGUAAGAAUACGGAAGUUUAAUUAAUGAAGAAAAAUAAACAGCAGGCUAUUAUAAAUUAUAGGACACUGGAAUAUCAUUAUAAGAAGGAUAUACGUCAAUAUGUAACUAAAUAUAAAUAAGUUAAGAUUCAAUCUGUGUUUCAAUUUCCAUAGAUAGGAAGGGACGAACAUGCAAAUUGCUCUGUUGAUCCUUAAAUUGGUAGCAAUGUUCAGAUGUAGGCAAACUGGAUGCUUGUUUCUUGGAUCAAGUCAUGAGUGUGAGGUCCACCUCAAUGAUUGUGAUUAUAAACUUAGUCGUUGCCACCUUUGUGGAAAAAGAAUUCGCUGCAAGGAUUUAACUUUGCAUGUCCAAGAAUGCGAAACCACGGACACAUGUGUGAACUGUGAAAUGGAUAUACCUAGAUCUGCGCAGGAAACCCACAAGAAAUGGAUUUGCUCCCAUUUACAGACUGUAUUGGUAUGUGUGAUGUGUGGCCUUGUCUUGGAUGAUACAACAUUACAAAGCCAUUCCCAAGACUGCAAACCGUUAGAAACAGAGGUCUCGAUGACGCUUGACACUCGUAACCAACAUACAGAAGCCGUCGUAUACAAAGAGACUGUCACAAGAAAAGGGUCAAGGAGAAGAUACCUUUCCGAAAAUGCUGAUGUUAGCGGCAGUAAUCGUUUACCUUCAUAUUACACCUCAGACGUCCAUGUGAGCGAUAUAGAGACUAAUUACCGUCAACGCAGAACGUUAAGCUUACGUUCACGAUCUGACAAGUGUGAUGAACCUAGAACAAUGAAGCGCGGACUUUGGAAUAAGGAGUUAAGGAAUCGCUUUAGAAAUCUUGGAACAUCGCUUAAAAUGAAUUGUGAAGACACAGGAGGAGGGUUUUACCAACAAAGCGCAUUCUGGUGAAAACGUUAUUACAUAUGAAGCUUGGAGUGGCGACUCCAGGAGUUUAUGUUAGAAGGGGCGUAACUUUGGGGAGUAACCUACUGGCUUGCGCCCCAUUGCACAAUACCGAUGCUCUUUUUAGGUUUAAAGUGUUGAAAGGGGGUUUGGGAAUAUUUCCCCAAUUUUUACAAUUUCUAGCCCAAAUAGUGCAGUUAAUGCGUAUAGUUUGACGUUUUUUCUCCUAUAUUGCAGUUAUAGUAUUUUUUAUUUUUUAUUUUUUUUUGUUCGAGGGGGGAGGGCGGCUCGCUAAUGGCUUGUCUAGCAAAAACUCGAAUUAGAUUGAACGGUUAGUCGCCUUGAAAUGGCACUAAGCGCCUAUUAAUGGGAACAUUUAAGAAUGCGUUCAAGUAUAUUUGAAACUGUAUACAUUCAUCAUAAUAUGGCAGCUACAAUCACUGUUGUUGUGUUUCGUGAUAGAAAAUAAAUAAAAGAUGCUUAAUUUGCCAAAAAGUAUCUAACUGUAA